AUGGGCAAAGAAAGCAAGCAUCAUCCUAUUAUUAAUAAAUACGACGUAGAUGGAGAGAAAACGAUUUGUUCAAUUUGCAAGAAAGAAUAUAAUUCUCCUUUGAACAUUUCAACAGCGAAAAAUCAUUUUAGAAGAGACCAUCUUAAUAUUUGGAAUAAAUUAAAGUUAGAUGGUAAAAGUGGAAAAUCUAAAUCUCGUCAUGAGGUUUAUGAAUAUUUUUCAGUGAAUGAUUUCGGUGAAUAUGAGUGUAGUUUAUGUUCUCAAAAGUAUAAUGAACCUCUCUGUAACGAGUUGAAGUAUCAUUUUUCUCGUUAUCAUAAAAACGUUUGGAAUGAUAUUAAAGGAAAAAAGAAAGAACGUGGUGAUAGACAAGAAAAUUAUAAUGAAGACAUGGCUGAAAGCUCUCAAACUAACUUUAUGAAUAACGAUGAAAUUCCGGAUCAUGAUACGAUUAAUAUUUCUUCUGAUGCUAGUAACAAUGAUGAUAACAACGCAGAAAUGGCAGAAAACAUGCAAAAAAUUAAUCUCAUAGAAUAUAUUGAAAUAGAAAAUGAAAAUACAGAAGUUAAGAUUAAAAGAGACGAAGUUAAUAUUAAAGGAAAAGCAAAGCUUGUUUUUAAGUGA